AUGGGUGCUCCCCUCCUCGUCGAAGGCGACGCACCCAAAAGCCUGUUCAACACUGCCAAACUGCUCCCCAUCAUCUGGCGACAGUUUCUCGGUCAGCAGGUCGGCGACUUCCUCGUGGGCGACGCGACGAUCGAGGCCCUGCAUUCGCUCGGCUUCAAGGGUGACCAGCCCGUCGUCGAAUGGCUCGACACAAUGGACCUUCACGACGACACCUCGCACGGUGGAUGGGUCUCAGUCUGCAAGGGCCUUGUUACCCCGUUCCCCGUCCGUUUCAAGAAUGUCGAAGGCACCGACGAUCUCGCCUUCGCCGGCGCAAUCUUCACGUACCGACCUGCCGCGGCCCCCAGAGUGGCCCAUCCACCGUGCGGGGUGUCGUCGUGA